AAGCGUACACAUACUUCCGCAACAUCUGCUAUCUCGUUUAAGAAGCACAUCCGUCAACGUCGCUUUGGCCCUGUUCCCGCUGUGCCUGAACCAUCGGUCGAAGAAGCAGUGUCAAACAUCCUCUACAACACCCCACCACCCAGUCAAGCCCCUGAGGUCCGCCACAUUCUCAACUGUCUCGUCCAGAACGAGCCUGGUGUUCUCAGCCGCCUCUCUGGUAUCUUGGCUGCCCGUGGAUUCAACAUCGAGUCUCUUGUUGUUGCCAAGACUGAAGUUCCUGACCUCAGUCGUAUGACUGUCGUAUUCAACGGCCGUAACGUCCAGAUCGAACAGGCCAGACGCCAGUUGGAAGAUUUGGUUCCUGUGUGGGCUGUGUUGGACUACACAAAGACAAAGUUGAUUGAACGCGAAUUGCUUUUGAUCAAGGUGUCCAUCUUGGGCCCUGAACAUUUGCACGAGCAACUCUUGACUACCAAGUUUGACGAUAAAGUAGAGUUUGAGGAUAAGAACUUGGUGGACUACGACGAUUCUGAACACGCCCAUCCUAAUGCUUCAGAUGCCCUCAGAGAGACAUUUUCUCAUUUACGUGCCUUGACUGAGCUUACUCGUUUGUUUGAUGGCAAGGUUGUCGAUGUGUCAUCUGAUUCUAUUAUGAUUGAGCUGUGCGCCAAGCCUAGACGCUUGUCUUCGUUCAUGAAGCUAUGCAAGCCAUUUGGUAUCCUCGAGUCUUCAAGAUCAGGCAAGUUUUUAUUUCAAGUGAUAAUAGUAAUUAGUGUCAUGGCCAUGCCCAGAUCGCCCGUACAUGAUCAUUAUGAACCACAGUCCGAGCAUUCUUACGAUGAUGAGGAUGUUGAUGCCUCCAUGCUCCCUCCCGGA